AUGUCACUACACAAGGAGGGCUCACCUCACCAAGAGAAAAACGUUCCCUUGUCAGACCUUCACUGGCUUGUAGAAAACUACAUGGAUAUCGACAGCACUCAAGAGUCUGACUCACCUGCGCCACCCGAAAACGGCAAUCAGACAGAGGAUGAUUACGAGGACUUGGAGGAGCAGGAGAUCCUGUUAAAAGACAGGCGGAGGGCGAAAUCCCUGCCCGCGUACCCGGAGCAGGCUAACCUCUUAGAAGAAAUUUCGCAGAGUUGCAGGAAGAGAGUAAAGUUUGCGGAUGCGCUAGGACUCAACUUGGCUAGCGUGAAGCACUUUAACGCUACUGAAGACCCUCACAUUCCUUCCAAAGUAUUUUCAAGGUUACAGAGCUUCCCUCCUCAGCCGGAACGCGAGCUCUUUGGAGAGAUAGCUGACAAAUUCAAAUCCACCUUUGCCGUGGACUGUUUGAUUCCCACAUUCAAGAUGCCAGUGGAGACAAACGAUUUUGACACUCGGGUCCAACGGUGUCACGUAGCUUUAGAAAAAGUUACUGUCACUCGAUUUGACGUCCGAGGCGUGAUCAGAGCUCUCACUUCGGGAUGCUGUAAGCAUGAGGUGGGGGUGAGGUACACGUUCAACGACUGGCUUUCAUUCAUGGAUGCGCAAGCGUUACCCGUGUCAGGCGAGGAUAAUGCUACCACUGGCAAGCACUUCGUGUUCACCAUGUACACGCCUCCGUUUUUGGACCCCAGCUCCUCGGUGCACUUCGCAGUGUAUUCCAAGACUGACCAGGGUGAGUUCUGGGACAACAACGAUGGAAAGAAUUACACCUUGAAGUAUCACUGCAUGUCGACCUAUGAGACCGCCGCAUUCGAUGAUACUUAACAGCAUCACAGUGUCAAAGAAAUGUCCCAGUGCGCAUUUAUUAGUAUAA